AUGAUCAAAACUCUAUUUGGAUUUGGAGAAGACGAUAGCAAACCUUUAGUCAACGAGCCAACGAUUGAUUAUGAUAAAACAAUACCUAUUAGUACUCCCCGAAGACAGCCACAAACAAGAUAUCAAACACCACUGAGAUCGAUAGUGGAUUAUUCUAAGUAUCAAAAAGAAUUCGAGUUUUCAGAUGAAGAUGAGGAUUUGAUGAAUGAUUUCAGUAUGAUUAAAGAUCUUACCCAAGAGAUUCAGGAAACGAGAAACGUUUCUAAAUUUUCUUUACCUGAGAAUUAUCCUGGAAAAUUCCCAUCAACUCCUAAAAAUAAUCGUUCACAGAAUGAAAAUGGCAGAUACACGUCCUCGUAUCUUUCCAGGAAAUAUGGCAAGGAUAAUAGUCAAUUUAUUUCUAAUGGUUAUGUAAAAGAUGAGUCUGUGAGAUUCAAUAAGCAACCACAAACUUCCACUCAUAGGAAUUCAGCGCCAAACACUGUUCGGACAGAUUCAGAACCGUAUAUGGAAGAAACUCAGGAAGAUCCCCUUCAUGAACCAACGAUUGAGAGAAAAUUAGGAAAGCUACAAAUUGAGGUUGAUGAAGAAUUCAAACAAAACAGCACGUCCCGUAAUUCAUCAAAGCGAGAUCCACUUUUGGAACUCAAAGAAUUAAGACAAGAGUUAAAAUCUCUGAAUGGGUUUUUAGAAAGACUAAGUGAAUUUGUCGGACUCUAUGAGGAAGAAUUGGAAGAAAAUGACAACUUAAUAAUCCCACAUGACAUAAUGGAAAGAUUUGACGCCUUGGAAAGUGAGAAUCAGAAACAAGAGGAGCUAUUACUGAUGUUGUAUCCUAUGUUGAUUCGAGUACAGCAAAGGUAUAAUGAGUAUCGAAAGUCACACCCAUAUGCCAAGAAGAAGAUCCCUACUAGUAUUGGGAAACCAAUCGUUUCGAUUCGAGAAACAGCCAAGCUCAUAGAUUCAAAAUGUAAAGAUGAAAGCAUAAAAACCGAUUGUGGUAAGAUUCUUUCGGAUUUAUCUAGGAUUGAAGAAGAACAAGCCCGAUUGCAAAAUGAAAAUGAUCAGUUGAGGAAAGAGAAAGAAGCUAUUGAAAAUGAAUUGAACGAAUUAAAGAAAUUUAAAGAAGCUGCGCAGAAAGCUCGGUCAUAG